AUGAAUGUCACCGAAGCAGCAGUACUACCGACAGUUAAAGAUGCUGCUGCUCAAAGACACGAGCAAAUCGAAACAAUGAGCGUCGAUAUACAAGAUGACACUGGAAAGGCUGAGGGAGAGAUAAUCGAUCAUGGAGCCGAGACAACGCUCCAUCGAUCUCUUGGAACACGCCAUCUCACAAUGGUCUCCCUCGGAUCAGCCAUCGGAAUGGGCAUGUGGCUGGGAAGUGGGACAUCUCUAGUCGAUGGUGGCCCUGCGAGUCUUUUCAUUGGAUAUCUGAUCAGCAGCUCCAUGGUAUGGUCAGUCAGUCAAUCCAUUGGUGAAAUGGCUGUCAUGUACCCCCUGCCAUCUGCUUUCGUACAGUGGUCUACCAUCUUCGUCAGUCCUGCUGCUGGGUUUGCCCUGGGAUGGGGAUACUGGUUUUCGUACUGGAUCACCAUAGCCAAUGAACUCCAGGGCAUCAUAACUAUCCUCAACUACUGGACCGAUGAAGUCCCCAAGGUUGCAUGGAUAUCCAUCUUCUGGGUCGUCAUCAUUCUCAUCAAUAUUUGGGUCGUCAAGCUAUUCGCCGAAGUGGAGGUAGUUGCAUCGACGGUGAAAUUCGGCUGGAUGUUAGUUAUCAUCCCUGCCCUCAUCGUAAUCACCGCGGGCGGCUCCCCCCAAGAAGGCCCAAUCGGCUUCCGCUACUGGAACGAGCAAGCAUUCCGAAACGGCUUCAAAGGCUUCCUCAGCAUCCUCCCAACCUGCAUCUUCGCCAUGGCGGGGACAGAAAGCGCAGCAAUGGUAGCCAGCGAGGUAGCUAACCCCCGAAUAUCGGUUCCAAAAGCCGUGAGAUCCAUAUGGAUUCGUCUUGGGCUCUUCUACAUUCUCGGCAGCCUCAUGAUUACAUUAAGCGUUGAUCCAACCGACCCAAACUUGUUCGGAUCGUCAGGAAGCAAUGCUUCACCUUUCGUUAUUGCCUUCAAAAAUGCAGGAAUUCCUGUGAUGGCGCAUAUUACCAACGCCGUGAUCUUCAUUUCGAUGCUCUCGACGGGGAGUAUCUCUGGCUAUGGUGGCUCCCGGAUGCUGAUGGGGCUGGCGCAUGUGGGUAUGAAUCAUAGGAUAUUCGGCAAAGCAGACCGCAUCGGCCGCCCAUGGGCCGGCUACAUCGCCACGAUCGGGAUAGGAGGCGCCCUCUCGUACAUCAACGUAUCCAACACCGGAGCGCAGGUAUUCCAAUGGUUAUCCAACCUAGUCUCGCUCCUCACGCUCUUCGGAUGGGGCCUGAUUUCUCUUUCUCAUCUACGAUUCCGAUAUAGCUGGAAGGUUCAAGGUCGGGAUGAGACCCACCUUCCAUGGAGAACGAUGGCAUAUCCCUAUGCGACAUGGUGGGCACUGAUCUGGUGUAUUGUAUUGAUCGGGUUGGAGCUUUACUUGAGCAUUUGGCCCCUAGGUAAAUCGACGAGCGCGAAGAACUUCUUUGCGAGCUAUAUCAGUGUGAUUGCUGUCAUUAUCAUCUGGAUUGGCGCGCAGAUUUGGUAUCGCGGCCCGCUCUGGGUGGAUGCGAGGGAGAUUGACCUUGAUAGAUGGCGACGCUACUAUGCGGAUCGGGUUGACGAGGAGUCAAUUCCGGUGAGAAAGUCGCUGAUUUCGGGCUGGCUUGCAUGA